UCGUGUGCGUUUUACCUCAAUUGUAUACAAAAAAAAUUCUAAGUGUCUUGAGGAUUUUACUUCAUUAAUGUGGUUGUGUUAGCUGUUUCCCUGCGGCAAUAUGAAACUAUGGGUUGUUUUAAUUGUGUUUAAUCAAUUCGUUUAUUUGUCACUGUCCACAAUAUCGGAAUUAAAUAACUCGGAUCCGAAAUUCAGCGGACCUAUAAAUAAUGUAACAGCUCCCGUUGGACGCGAUGCGACACUCACGUGUAUGGUACAUGAUCUUAUGUCAUUUAAGCUUGCUUGGUUGCGAGUCGAUACACAAACUAUUCUCAGCAUACAGAACCAUGUCAUUACAAAAAAUCAUCGUAUCGGCGUCAGUCACACGGAGCAUCGCAUUUGGCAGCUGCGGAUACGUGAUGUUCGCGAGGCAGACCGUGGAUGGUAUAUGUGCCAAAUAAAUACGGAUCCGAUGAAAAGCCAAGUCGGCUACUUGGAUGUAGUGGUACCACCUGAUAUCAUUGACUAUCAAACCAGUAACGACAUGGUCGUACAAGAGGGCCAAAACGUGACUCUUACGUGCACAGCAACAGGACUGCCAAUGCCUACGGUAACCUGGCGACGUGAACGUGAUAUACCGCUGCUGCAGAAUAUUGCUGGAUCUAAGAUUUAUAGCAUUGAAGGUCCGAAUUUGACACUGUGGCAGGUGACUAAGGAGAGCAUGGGCGCUUACUUGUGUAUUGCUUCAAAUGGAAUACCGCCGACUGUGAGCAAAAGGGUACUCGUUGCAGUUAAUUUUGCACCUACUAUUUGGACCCGUUAUGACUCGGUCUAUGUCGGCUAUGGUCAGAAAGUGGCAUUGGAGUGUAUUUCCGAAGCACAUCCGACCACGGUAAAUUUCUGGCUUAAAGACAAAGAAUUGGUGCAGAGCGGAACUUAUGAGUCGGUCUCAUUAGACAAUAUCUUCAGAAUUGUAAUGCGUUUAAUAAUACGACCCAUGGAGUUGAAAGACUUCGGUGAUUAUCGCUGCGUGGCUAAAAACUUAAUGGGUGAAUCGGAACGCGUUAUAUCAGUGCUGCAUAAAUCCAGGAAGAAUAUUCGUCAUUCCCAUGCGUUGGAUGGGAAAGACAAUAACCUGAUUUUGAUCGAGGAAUACACUUCAGAUGGUACUUCCUUAGCGACCGCGUUUCGCACUAUGUUGAUAACCGCGGCUGUGCUUCAUUGGAGAUUAAAUAAAUAAUAAUUAUUGAAAAACUUAAUGAAUAAAGGAAUA